AUGUGGGACGUGGUGGGCCUGGGUGGGGUGUGUGUCGCGAUGGCGUUCGGGACGUACGUCAUCGGCACGCUCCCCCUCGCCUUCCAUCUAUCACGUAGUGGACUACGCAAGCUUGAGCUAUGGGGCUCUGGGCUACUGCUGGGCGCGGCGCUCACGGUCGUGAUUCCCGAAGGAAUCGCGAGCGUGUACAAAGGCCGGCACCUGUGCCAUGGCGACGAGCCGAUUGCACCGCCGUCCGGGCGCCUGACGUCCAAGGACCUGAUUGCUGCGUGCCUCCUCUCGGGCUUCCUUUUGAUGUUUAUUGUCGACCGGCACAUGAUGAUCCAGCCACACGCGCUCGAGGAGCAGCAGCCUACGCUCGAGCUGCAUGUGGAACAGGAGCGCGAGAACCUGCACUCCGUCCCGUGGCAGCCCAGCGACGAAGAGGGCGGCGAGUGGCUGCCGGCACGCGAGAGUCUGCACCGCGCGCUGAGCGGCCUGCUCGGCCUGCUCAUCCACGCGCUCGCCGACGGCAUCGCGCUGGGUGCAUCGGUCGGCAGUUCCGAUACCUCGCUGCGGAUCGUCGUGGUGCUUGCCAUCAUGGUGCACAAAGCCCCUGCGUCGAUCGGGACGUGUACGCUGCUCAUGUCGCGCCAGCUGCGGCGCGCCGACGUGCGCUGGGCCGUGUUUGUGUUUAGCAUUACGACGCCGAUCGGCGCGCUCGUGACAUACGGAGUGAUUGCGCUCUUUUUCCGCGUCACCGGCGGCGCGGGCGCGACGAUCAACGCGCGCGACAUUGGCGCGAUCCUCAGUUUCUCGGGCGGCACCUUUCUCUUUGUCGCGAUGCACGCGGUGCUCGAGCUCACUGCGGAGCCCACGCCGCCCGAGUGCGCGCCCCACAUCGACCAUACCCACGCACACCAUCCCCACGACCAGGACCAUCCGAUCCACGCGCACGCGCUUUCGCCUGGGCCCGCGCCUCUGGACACUCACCGGCACUCGGAGCGGACCAACACGGCAUUCUGCCUCUUUCUCGUAGUCCUCGGCUCCGUGACGCCGCGCCUCUUGCAGCUCGUCCUCGGCGACGCGCACGGUGGAGGCGAGUAA